AUGGCAGACAAAUCCAACAUCCUCAUCUUCGGCGCCACCGGCUCCAUCGGCGCCUACAUCACCCAGGCCCUCCUCGACGACCGCGCCCACUUCGGCCGCUUCGCCGUCUUCACCAGCCCGCACAGCCUGCAGACCAAGGGCGAGAUGCUGGACAAGCUGCGGCGGCAGGGCGUGGAUAUCCUGGUCGGGGAUAUUGGGAAUCAGGAUGAUGUGCGUAAGGCAUAUGCUGACUUCGACACCGUAGUCUCAGCUCUGGGCCGCACCGCCAUCGCCGCCCAGAUCCCACUGAUCGAACUCGCCGCCGCCACCCCCUCCGUGCGCCGCUUCCUGCCGUCCGAAUACGGCACGGACAUCGAGUACGGCCCCGCCUCGAAGCACGAGAAGCCGCACCAGGCGAAGUUGAAGGUCCGGGCCGCGCUGGCCAGCGUGCGGGACCGGCUGGAGUAUGCGUACAUCGUGACGGGGCCGUAUGCGGAUUAUCCGUUUUAUUUGGCCCAGGGGCCGCCCGGCGCCCCGGAGGCGGGCUCGUGGGAUGUGAAGAAGCAGCGGGCGGUGAUUGUGGGGGAUGAGAGGGGGAGGGUGAGUUUGAGUGCGUGUGUUGAUGUCGGCCGCUUCGUCUCCCACGCCCUCACCCACUGGGAGCAGGCCCGCUACCGCGCCCUCAAACUCAACUCCUUCACCACCACCCCACACGAGAUCCUGCAGGAGUUCGAAUCCCAGACCGGGCAGAAGUGGCACGUCGAGAGUGUCUCGCUGGAGGAGCUGCGGCGCCGCGAGGCCGAGGCCUGGGAGCAGGGCGCCCCGCAUGCCACGACGUUUACGCUGCGGCGCAUCUGGGCGGAGGGCGGCACGCUGUACGAGCGCAGGGAUAAUGAGGAUAUCGGGGUGGUGGCGACGCAGUCGUUGCGGGCGUUGGUGCGGGAGUCGAUUCAGCGGCAGUUGGAGUAG